CCCUAUCUGAACCCUGUUGUUCCCUUCCGUGGGCUGAUCCAAGGAGGUCUCCAGGAUGGACUAAAAAUCACAGUCAAUGGGAACGUGCCUUUGUCCGGAGAAAACAGAGGGAGGGCUGCUGCUGGAGUGGAGGGCAGCAUCCAGAACUGCCUGCACCAUGAAGAAGGCAAAUGGGGCUGGGGGUGAUGGAUCCAGUUGAGUGCACAUUAUGGUGCACAGGGAACUUGGGUUUGAGCUCCUGCUCCCCACCUGCGGGAGGGAAGCUUCACCAGUGAUGAAGAAGGUUUUCUGUGAACCUCCAUACUGGCAGCAGUGACAAUGACAUUGCCUUCCACUUCAACCCUCGCUUUGAAGGUGGUGGGUAUGUGGUCUGCAACACGAAGCAGCAUGGCAGCUGGGGGCACGAGGAGAGGAAGAUGCAAAUGCCCUUCAAGAAGGGGGCUCCCUUUGAAAUCUGCCUCCAGGUCCACAGCUCGGACUUUAAGGUGAUGGUGAAUGGGAGCUUCUUUGUGCAGUACUCUCACCGUGUGCCCUUCCAGUGUGUGGACACCAUCUCCGUCCUUGGUGGUGUGCAGCUGUCCUACAUCAGCUUCCAGAACAUCCAUGCAGCCCCUGUCCAGGCUGCCUUCUCCACGGUGCAGUUCAUGCAGCCUGCCCAUCUCCCACCCAAGUCCAAGGGGCACAAACUGCGAUCUCCAGGUGGUUGGGCAGUCAAUCCAGCUCCUGUGACUCAAACCAUCAUCCGCAUGGUGCACGGCACCCCUGGACAGGUGUUCCCUAAUCCUGCAGUGCCACCUAUGUAUCCCAGCUCAGUCUAUCCGAUUCCUUACUUCACCACCAUCCCCGGGGGGCUGUACCCAUCCAAGAGCAUCAUCGUGUCAGGGUCCAUCCCGCCUGGUGCUCAGAGGUUCCACAUCAACUUGUGUUCUGGGAAUGACAUCGCCUUCCACUUGAACCCCCGCUUCAAUGAGCAUGCCUUGGUCCGAAAUACCAUGAUCAACAACUCUUGGGGAGCCGAGGAGCGAAGUCUCUCUAGGAAGAUGCCCUUUGCCCGAGGCUGCAGCUUCACGGUGUGGAUCCUCUGUGAAGGUCACUGUCUCAAGGUGGCGGUAGAUGGCCAGCACCUGUUGGAGUAUUACCACCGUCUGAAGAACCUGUCCGCCGUCAACAAACUGGAAGUGGCGGGUGAUGUGCAGCUGACCCACGUGCAGACCUAGGGGGGCUCGCUGGCCCCGGCCCCUGCUCUGGCCUCAGGCCCCAAAGCACACCCAGCCGCUGCAGAGUCCAUGCCCUUGUCUGGCCCUGGAACAGAGGUGCCAACUGUCCUUGUCCUGCCCUUAGAGGUCAAGGGUGCAAGUAGGGACAGGGAUGAUCUCUGUAGCCUGAAGUCUCAUGUUCAGACCCCCCUGCUGUGGCAGAUAGAGAGGGUCCCAGGACUCCUAGUCCAGGUCUUCACCUCAUCUGGGCAUUGAGCAAGUCCUCCCAACACCCUACCAAGAUCUACUCCACUUCAGUCCUAAAUUACUGACCAUUCACUACACCUGGGGCAUUUCCUCACCCUGCCCCCUUUUCCAACCUGCAGCCCCUUCCUGCAGCCAACCCUCCCCUGCCCUCACAAGCUACCCCAUGACACUGCUGACUUCCACCAGCAGACAACUGGAAGACCCUUUGUCAACAGGGUCUUCCUCCUCCAUCCCUCAAAUAAAGAAAAUGCUUGUUGCCA